GUGCUUUUGCUAUUUGUACAAAUUACUCAUCAGCUAAUCAUAUCUAGCCUAUAGGCUACAAUAAGAUCGAUGUGUGUUUGAGUUCACAUGCUUUACGUAUUUCCUUAUAGGCAUAUACGUUAAAAUUGCCUAAAUGUAUAUACGUGUAUCAUAAUCAUUACAAUAUAGGCUAUACGCUUGACCAUAUUUGGCUAGCGCAUGAGAGGUUGCGAUCAGAAUGAAACCAAAACUAAAUAAUUCGGAAAUGCAGCUUGCCUUGUCAUAACACAUGUUGACACAGGACUCAUAACUAUGGCUCAUUUAUUUGAUUUUUUUUUGCGCAGAGCAUAUUCAAAACAUGGCAUGCGUUCAUAGGCUAUAUUACAAAACGGAAACAUUGGCAGUGGUGAUUAAUGUUUGGAAUUUAUAACUAGAAAGUUCCGACAACAGGAGGCGUGAGACUUUAAAUAGCUCAGAACCCGAAGAAAUGCGAGUUGUCUUGAAGUCCACGACCAAAUAAGGAGGCCCAGAGGGUGGAACUUACCAAAACUGACAGCGUACAUUUUUGCUACAAAAUAAUGGGGUUCUCACUGCUAGAGUCCGUUCGAAGAGAGGAAAGAAUCAAGUGCUGAAUGAUGAAAUAUGCCACCCUGCAGACUGAGUCACUUAACUGUCCCGAGGAGAACGACGAAUCGCUGAGUGAAGGGUCACUCUCCAGCACCCACUCCAGCCCCCGGCCUGAUCGGCGGAAUCCCUGCAUCCCUCCUCCCACUGCCAGCUGCCUGAGAAAAAUGGCCGAUGGCCGCCCCUACAGCUCCGACUCGGCCCAGUCCAGCUACGACCCUUAUCACCUGACCCGGGACCUGCCUUCGGGGUGCGAUGCCCCCUUCCCCAGCCGGGCCGACGGCUGCCCCAGUUGCCCACACCUCCACAAAGGAGCCUGGCCGCCCCCCAGCUACGGGAGCAGCUUCUACUCAGGUGGGGGUUACUCCACCAGCCUGCCUUUCUGCCCUCCCCCCUCGGAGUACACCAGCUGUCCCCCUGGGCAGGACAGGUACCCCUACAGCAAAUCUUACUCCUGCAGCCAAAGCUAUGGCAGCUUGGAGCAGCCGCAGUCUCUGCGCUCUAUGGCGCCCACUGCAGGAGCGCACGAGUACUACCUGGGCCCCUACCACCCCUGCCCUCACACCCCCCAGGGCCCUGCCCGCUGUGACCAGAGCCCGGCCGAGGGGUUCGGGAUGGGACACUCGCCCCACCAUAGUCCCAGGCCAGGGCACCACCGGCCUUAUGGACACCCUGGUCCAGACCACUGUGGGUGUCAAGGUACAGGCUCCACACACAGUGUAAACCCCCAUGCACAUCUGAGGCAGAACACUGCCCUUUGUACCCCCCUGUCACUGGAACAACGGAAGGUGUUUGUCACAUAUGAGGCAGACUGUGAAAAACACGUCAAUGAAAUAAUCAAGUUUGUGGCCUUGCUGCGACACAAUGGCUUUGAUACACAUAUUGAUGUAUUCGAGCAACAGUUUAUAAGUAUCAGCAAAAUCGACUUCAUGGAGAAGUUCAUAAAUGAGAAAGACUAUCUAAUCAUCAUAGCCAUCAGCCCCAAGUACCACAAGACGGUCACAGGCACACUCGUCAGCAUGGAGAACGACGAGAGGACCCUUAACACAGUUUACAUACACAAGCAGCUACAGAAUGAGUUCAUUCAAAAUGGCUGCCGGAAUUUCAGAUUCAUUCCUAUUCUGUUUCCUGGUGCGAAAAAGUGCCAUGUCCCCACCUGGCUACAGAACACCCACGUGUACAGCUGGCCCAAGAACCGGGACGACAUCCUGCGGCGGCUCAUGCGGGUGGAGAAGUACAACCCCCCACCCAUUGGCGAACUGCCCACCAUCGUCUCAAUACCGCUGUAGCGCCCUCUGUAGGGGCCAGGGUGCUACCGCAGAAACGGCUGCUCUGUGGACGAAGACUGUCAGUCUAGAGGUUCCACAGUGGCCUAGGUUUCCCCAUCUACCAGACAGAUGUACGCUGGCCGUGUCUGAUGACCAGUCUCUCUUCAAAAACCCGUGGGCAGAGAUUUCAAAUCCAGCCACAAUCCCAGAAUGCACCCUGGGCUUUACUAAAGGAUUCAAAGUGUAAUUAUGUAAAUAUUUAAUGCAUUUGGUUUGGUGGAGAUGAGCUAAACUGUGGAUUUGUCUCUCCUCCAGAUACUUUGUUUCAGUUGUGUCCUCAACGUGCACAGUACACAACAUGCCUCUUCAUUGGCUGGUAUGUCAGGACCUAAAAUUGUAAUGUACAUGUAUUUAAAUGGGGGGAAGUUUCAACUCAACCAAUGAAAUGAACCUGCAUUUUCAAAUCGUGCAUAAUCUUGCUGAAGCACAAUACGCAAUGGAAACAGUCAAACACAUCCACCUCUCCAUGCUCAGGUCAUGCCGUGGUCCUAGUUGGAUGUUUUCAAAUGGAGAAACAGCCUGAUCCUCUCCUGGUGGAAAAAUAGCUCAAUAUUCUCCAGGUGGGUGACUGCUUCUCUCUCUUCAAGUGGAAAAAUUGCAACACAGUUUAUACACCCAUCUGACUGGCCAUUCAUGUUGAACAAUCAUGAUGGCGGUGUGGAUGGAAAGAAGUACAUUCAGGUGAACGCUCUGACAUUGAAUUUGGUGGUCAGAAUGUGUUUCAGUUCGUGGUGCUGAUUGUGAUAGUCAUCAGCAGAUUUCACAGCGCUCAAAUAGAAAAACGGUAUGAGUAAAUGUGUGUAUCUGCCUGCAAAAUCGACCAAAUGUAUAUUGGUCCAGUGUGGAACGAAUGCCAGAGUGUUCAUGGUUUUCCAAAGAAAAUCUCUGGAAUGUUUCUCAUUAUUGUGUAUAGAAUAUUGUGUAUAUUGCUUUCCCCUUCAUCUGAAUGCAGAACUUCUAUAGUUUAGUAGGGAUAUUAAAGAUAUGUUCAUCACAGCCAUUUUGAGGAAAAACGUAUACGUACGUUUAUAAUGUACGUUUAUGCAUGUACGUUUAUGCAUGUACGUUUAUGCAUGUACGUUUAUAAAAUGUACAUGCAUAAACAGGUGUGAAGAAUCUGUAAUUUUCUCAAAUCUAGGGCAGGACUUCACUUACAAGUGUGUGUGAAAAUGUGAUCAGUAGAUUUCAAACUUUAAUCUGGGCACUUUGUCUAUAUUGCAUUCCGUGAUGUAAAAUGACUAACAGUGUUGGCAGUUAAGUGUGUUUUACCCAUGAAUAUUUGAUGGCCAGAGCCUGCUGGAAGGCAGUUGAUAUUUUUUCUGGGGGCAUUAAAUCAUGUUAUAUCACAUCACAGAUAUCAGUAAUGUCUUACGUGGAAAAUUUACUUUUUGAGCAGAAUGCAGAAAUAUAAAUUUUCUAAGCUUGUCUGGUUUAUUGGAACCUAUGAAAGACUCUCAAAAAGUGCCAACCCUGCUCUCUUGGUUGGCUCAAGUGUACCAGACAAGAUCAGUUGAGCGCAGAAAAAUAUUUGGAUCCAAAACAGUUUUUGACCCAGGUGUGAUUAUGCACAUAACAGUAAUGGGGAAGGAUUUGUACGUAUGAUGAUGAUUGGAAAUUGGAAAGCCCCACUAUAUGCUCUGACCUUUCCUCAUUGUUUUGUUGCAAAACUGCAUUGUCACCAUGGCUGCCUGACUGGCCUGAUUAUUACUGUAUCUCUUUAUUUCCGAUCUGUGCAACGUCUUGUGUAAAAUAAAAUGGAUGUGAUGCA